UUUUCUCUCAUUCUCAUAUCAACGUUUUCUCUCGUCGGCCAUAAACCUGCCGUUGUUGUUGCUUGGUCUUGCACCCGCAUCCUGGCAAUACCAGCUACGCCUUAUUUUCAUCUUUUUCACGAUGCUGAUUAUCGCACAAUGCCUAUGAGGGGGUUGAAAGUACAUAAGCACUAGGAACAGCAACAGCAGAAGCAGCAGUAGUAGCAGGAGCAGCAGCAGCAACAACAACAGCAGCAGCAGCAGCAGCAGACAUAGCAAGUUGGACAUCCCGCUUGGAGAGAAGGCGCCACCACUGUCGCAGCAUGCAACCUGCGCCCAGCAAGAACCUGCUGCCUGUUGUGACUCGUCUCUAUCGUGCCAUCUGACGCCUGUCUUUCCAAAUGAGCGAGACGAAAGAAGAAGCUCUGUGCAACAACGCGCAGAACCACCGGCAACAGCUGCUGAACCACCAGCAGGAACUGGAGCGAGAUCUGGAGGCCGGUUCCUGUGCUGACGAGGAAGACGACGAAGAGGAAAAUACCGAUGAAGGGGAAGAGGGUGAAGCAGGAGAGGGAGAGGAAGGUGAGGCCACAGAAGAGAAGCCCAAGGCUGUCAUACCUCCCCUGUACAACGUCGAGCCUGGCUGCACAGCCCUCAGCUGCUACUCCGCCAUUGCCACCUUCAUCGUCAUGGUUCUUGGCAUCGUCGCUCUGUUAAUGUACUCUUCACCACCCGAUGCUAAAGCCGAGAAUCUAGUCUUCGACACCGUCAAGGAAGCUACUACCCCACCCACCAUCACACAGCCAGACAACAGCACGUAAUAUCCCCCUUCCCCUUCCUCUCACAGUCAUUGACCAUAGUUAUCGCUGCCUCUUCUGCCGUCAUGGAUGUCAGCGGUUCUUAUUCAUUUCAUGUUAAUGGACUUUGGUUUAUACCUGUAUCACGCAUCAUCCUGUUACCAGUUGUUUAUAUACAACAAUUCUUUUUUUUAUUUAACUGUUUAAUUUGUAUCACCUCUCAUCCGUUUCCUUCAUUGUAAAACCUUGAGGUUCGCUUUAUAAUCACCAUCAUAUAAAAGGUCAUUGUUUACGAUGCGUCUUUUCCAUCCAUCAUCCUGUGAAGAUAUUUAUCAACACUCGUUUCUGGUUUCUAAUUUUUUUUACAAGCUGUUUAUCGGCCUUUUUGGUUUUCCUUAUGUCUGUUGUUAACUGUCUACCAUUCAAUAUCAUCUUGGUUUCACUGGGAAUGGUAUUUUGAAGAGGCGAAAACCCCACCCUCAACUUCACCUUGGUCAUCUUAACUUUGCUUUGUAAGGUAUUCCUGAUCAUGUAAAUCCUAGGACACGAUAAUGGUCCAUUUUUUUCAUACUGGGUGAAAAACGUACCAUCCCAUCUUAUGAUGUGGUAUAUAUUUUUUUUUUCGUGGUGAACCAGUGAGCCAGCGAAACUUCUCAGUCAGAUGAUCAAAAGCACAGCAAUCGUCUGACCAAGACCAACUUCAGAUUGUUCUCAUUUCUCCUUACAAACAAAUAUACCAUCAACGUCCUCUGUUCGUCAAAAUUCCUCAUUUGUUAUAUAUUGGGAUGUCUGAAUAAAUACUACUAAUUGUAUGUAAAUGAUAAUAUUGGAGAAUGACACUUGGAUACAGUGGAUACCUCACUAAGCACAACGUCUCGACCACAUGGAUUUUAACAAAUCACUAAGCGAACCUCCUUGGAUAUUAAAGGGUUUCCACUGUAGAAUGUGUCACUUACUCCACCUUGUUGGGAUUACGUUACUAUGGUAGUAUCGUGUCAUGGUCUUUAGGGUUCCCACCCAUCCCCUCCCAUUCUUCCAUAAUAUAGAAUUUGAUGCCACUAUAUAACUGAAUAGUUAAGUUUCUUACCCCUUCUCUCUCCGAGACUUGACUGAGGAUCAGCGAGUAAGGUGACCUAAGCGUCGUUCUAAGCUCUCUCUUUACGUUAUUUUUUUACGAUAAUUGUUUAGUUAACAUAAGUGCAAGUCUAUGUGCAAACGUUAUAUAUAUAUAUAUAUAUAUAUA